UCAUUUCUUUGGCAUAAAAGUCCACUGGUGGUUCCUGCUGACUCAGACACUCAAAUCCAUUUUUGAAAAAGUAGCAUUUUCCAGCAUCAUCAACUAUACAGAACAUACCUGAAAACUUUGGAGUUUGGUGCUUAUAAUGGAAGCUAUGAAGUCCAAGGCCAACUGUGCACUGAAUGCAAGUUGUACCAUAAUGAUUUUUCAUCCAACCAAAGAAGAGUUUAAUGAUUUUGAUAAGUAUAUUGCUUACAUGGAGUCCCAAGGUGCACACCGCGCAGGCCUCGCCAAGGUGAUUCCACCCAAGGAGUGGAAAGCCAGACAGACCUACGAUGAUAUCAGUGACAUCUUAAUAGCAACUCCCCUCCAGCAGGUGGUCUCCGGGCAGGCAGGUGUGUUUACUCAAUACCAUAAGAAGAAGAGAGCCACGACAGUGGGGGAGUAUCGCCAACUGGCAAACAGCAUAAAAUACCGGACUCCACCACACCUGGAUUUUGAGGAUUUGGAGCGAAAAUACUGGAAAACCCGUCUCUAUGAUUCUCCGAUCUAUGGUGCUGACAUCAGCGGCUCCUUGUUUGAUGAAAACACGAAGGAGUGGAACCUUGGGCACCUGGGAACCAUUCAAGACCUGCUGGAGCAGGAGUGCGGCGUGGUCAUCGAGGGCGUCAACACCCCCUACCUGUACUUCGGCAUGUGGAAGACCACCUUCGCCUGGCACACGGAGGACAUGGACCUGUACAGCAUCAACUACCUGCACUUCGGGCAGCCCAAGACUUGGUACGCCGUGCCCCCCGAGCACGGCCAGCGCCUGGAACGCCUGGCCAGGGAGCUCUUCCCGGGCAGCGCCCGCACCUGCGAGGCCUUCCUGAGGCACAAGGUGGCUCUCAUCUCGCCCACGGUCCUCAGGGACAACGGGAUCCCCUUCAAUCGGAUCACCCAGGAGGCUGGCGAAUUCAUGGUGACGUUUCCCUACGGCUACCACUCUGGCUUCAACCACGGCUUCAACUGCGCAGAGGCCAUCAACUUCGCCACCCCGCGCUGGAUCGACUACGGCAAAGUGGCCUCUCAGUGCAGCUGCGGGGAGGCCAGGGUCACCUUCUCCAUGGACGCCUUCGUGCGCAUCCUGCAACCUGAGCGCUAUGAGCUGUGGAAGCGCGGGCAGGACCGGGCUGCUGUGGACCACACGGAGCCCACGGCCGCGGACAGCCGGGAGCUGAGCGCCUGGAGGGGGGUGCGAGCCCCGGGGAGGGCCGCGCUGGGCCUGAGGCACCUCCCACCGUGCCGCGCCCCGCGUGCCCCUCGACCCGUGGCGGCAGGUCAGGGCACCCGCCGCCGCACCCCUCUGCGCCCGGCCUCUCCGCGCCCCUCGCCCACCCAGAGCUGCUCCUCUGAUGGCCGGGCUGGCGCUGUUGCCGGCCGCACCUCCCGGGGGCCCGGCCCCACCCGGCCACCGACCCUCACUCCCUCUGCCCCAGAUCUGCAGCCCUCGACUGGUAGGUGUGGUCCUGGUCGUCGUCCCCGGCAGCAGGGGGCUCAGGGAUCUGGCACCCAGGCCCGGGCCAAGAGGCGCCUCUCGGUGGGAACCGGGCACACAGCUCAGCACUCGGAGGCUCAGUCCCUGCCUGUGGGUGGAGGCUGGAUGGACAGCCCUGCACCGCUGAGUCCCGGGCUCCAGCAACCCGCUGAGGCUUCCUGGUCUGGCUGUGCCCCUGUUCCUUAA